UUAGCUCUCAGCCGCGCUCAGUCGCACCAUAAAUAUUCGCACUAAAUAUGAAAUACUUCAGGUUCGGGUGGCUUCUGUUGUUGGCGUUCCUGGUCCUCUGCUCUGGCGAUGCCUUCGCGGCCCCCAAGCCGAAAGGCAGAGCCAAACCGAAAAUAAGGAUUCCCAAAAUUAACAUUAACAUCCAUCAUAAUAAUAUCCACAUUGGCUAGCAUCGGACUCACUCGCUUUGGAUAAUAGUCGUAGCUUAACUUAAUUUAGAUUUAGCCUUAACUUCUUUGCGAUCCAAGAGAUCCUCAGUAUACAUAAUCGUACUGUUAAGGAUGAUUAUGGCCAUUAUAUGGUUAUAUGGCAGAUCCAUAUAGUUUUCUAUGAACUCUUUCAGAGUUUCAGAAGAACCAUCGGAAGCCGGCUAGGGUAACCAUUACAAAUAAAGCUAAAUUGUAAGAAACACAA